AUGGCGCUGGCCAUCGCCUACUGCAAAAAAGUACUGCCUGUAUUUGAAGAGUCAAAGGCGGGUGUUCGUAGUGAAGCUACGGAGGAAGAUUCUGGUUAUGCUGAUUUAGGAAAAAGGCUACACACCAUGACCAUAUCAGCUUUUAACAGCUUCCGGAACCACAGAGCUGGGAAAGGCUCGGCCCUUGGCGUGCAGGGCAGGGCGGCUGGGGGGGGUGAGCCUCUGGUGACUGCGGAAGACAAACCCGAAGCCCCAGCCGACAGCUCCGCUCUCCCUCUCCUCAGUUCGUACGAGCCAGGAGCGGGCACGGGGGCUGGCGAGCAGAGCAAUGAACACGCUGAGAAGAAAGCUGAGCCACUCGCAGAGCAGACGGUGCCAUUCUGGCCUGAUGCAAGUAACAGAGAUGCUGUCAAGCACAGCGUUUAUGGUUUAAAAGCUCCAUAUAUUUUAUCCUCAGGCCAGGAGAUUGAGUAUUUUAAUAACACAGUUGUAAAGCGGUGGGCCAAAUUCAGCCAUGCCACUGAGGCCGACAGGGCUUAUCCAAUUUACACUGUUGUAACUGAGCCAUUUCUGACUCACACCAGGGAAAUCAAGAAAAAUUUGGCCCAUAGUCCAAAAGGUUUUAGGUUCCAUCCUAUUCUGACUGUUGUUACGAAUUUCAUUACAGAGACACUGGGAUCCCAGAGACAGCACCCUAGAACAAAGAAAGAUCAGCAAAACUUAGAAACCAAAUUUCGACUCUAUACAGAUGCAACUGAAGAAGGCUGUCAGAUUUUUUUAAAUCAGUUGGAGACUCUUGACAAAUGCAGUUUCAAUGCCUCUCUUCCUCUGGUGAUGAUAGUCCAUGGCUGGUCGGUGGAUGGAAUAUUAGAAGGUUGGAUUUGGAAAAUGGCAGCAGCUCUGAAGUCUCAGCACAAACAAACUAACGUGAUCAUUGCAGACUGGCUUACAUUUGCUCACCAGCACUAUCCCAUUGCUGUACAAAACACACGCUACAUAGGACAGGAGAUCGCAGACUUUCUGGAAUGGCUGGAGGAAUCCAUUCAAUUUUCAAGAAGCAAUGCUCAUCUAAUUGGGUACAGCCUAGGAGCUCAUGUUUCAGGAUUUGCUGGAAGUUAUAUCAGCGGUACAAGCAAGAUUGGAAGAAUAACAGGCCUUGACCCUGCCGGUCCCUUGUUUGAAGGAAUGUCACCAACAGAUCGUUUAUCUCCAGAUGAUGCAAACUUUGUAGACGCAAUUCAUACAUUCACUAAGCAGCACAUGGGUCUCAGUGUUGGCAUCAAGCAGCCUGUGGCUCACUUCGACUUUUAUCCCAAUGGAGGCACCUUUCAGCCUGGCUGUCACAUCAUGCACGUGUAUAGCCACAUUGCACAAUACGGAAUCACUGGCAUCACUCAAACUGUGAAAUGUGCCCAUGAGAGGUCAGUUCAUUUGUUCAUCGACUCUCUGCUUCACAACGAUAAGCAAAGCACGGCAUACUGGUGCAACGACAUCAACACUUUCAACAAAGGAAUGUGCCUCAGCUGUAGAAAGAACCGGUGCAACACGCUGGGCUACAACAUCAGGGAGGAAAGGCUCCCAAAAAGCAGACGACUCUUUUUGAAAACAAGAGCACAUAUGCCUUUCAAAGUCUAUCAUUAUCAGUUCAAGAUCCACUUCGUUAAUGAAAUCCAAGGCAAGCAGAUAGACCCAACUUUUACCAUCUCUCUGACAGGCACUAAGGAGGAUGCUAAAAACCUGCCCAUCCCACUAGUUGAAGGCAUUAAUGGGAAUAAAACCUACUCUUUUCUCAUCACCCUGGACACUGACAUUGGUGAGCUAGUAACAAUCAAGUUCAAAUGGGAAGGAACUGCAGUUUGGGAAAAUAUCUGGGACACAGUGCAAACCAUAAUACCAUGGACAAAGGGCACACGUCGACCAGGACUUAUAGUGAAGACCAUAAGAGUGAAAGCAGGGGAAACACAGCAAAAAAUGACAUUUUGUUCUCAAAGCAUUGACAACCUUCACCUUCAUCCAGCCCAAGAGAAAACAUUUGUGAGGUGUGAAGAUCGCUUUCGGAGACAAAACAGAAAAUGAGUAAGAA